AGAGUAUGAACGACUUGUGUAUGCAAGGAACAAACACAUCUCCAGAGCACAGACAACCAGCUGCUGUUGUUUCUCUUCCUCCAACCAUGUGGUUUUCCACCUUUUUGCUGAGCAAUGAGGGGGUUUUACUCUCUAUUUUUUUGUUCCUUCUGAUCACAUACUACCUCAAAAACAGGAAUCCAAGAAAUUUUCCACCAGGACCAUUUGCUUUACCCGUUCUUGGGAAUCUUCAGAUUGUGGACAAGAAACACCCAUAUAUUUAUUUUACCAAGCUGGCUGAAAUCUACGGGAAUGUGUUCACUUUCUGCUUCGGCAGCAAUAAAAUAGUAAUCGUCUCUGGAUACAAAAUGGUGAAGGAAGCUCUGGUGACACAAGCUGACAACUUUGUGGAUCGACCAUACAGUCCCAUGACAGACAGGUUUUACUCAGGAACCUCAGAUGGUCUGUUCAUGAGCAAUGGUGAAAAAUGGAAAGCACAACGACGCUUUGCUUUGUCUACCUUACGAAACUUUGGCCUGGGCAAAAACCGCAUGGAACAGUGUAUCUGUGAGGAGAUCCGAUACCUGCAGGAGGAGAUAGAGCAGGAGAAAGGUAAACUUUUUAGCCCAGCAGGGCUCUUCAACAAUGCUGUGUCUAACAUAAUUUGCCAGCUUGUGAUGGGGAAAAGGUUCGACUACAGUGACCACAACUUCCAGCUGAUGCUGAAGGAUUUGUCUGAGAUUCUUCAGCUGGAGGGUUCCAUAUGGGGUACGCUCUAUGAAUCAUUCCCCGGACUGAUGAAGCAUUUGCCAGGUCCUCAUAACAAACUGUUCAGCCAUUUCGACGAAGUCAAAGACUUCAUCACUCAGGAGCUAAACAGGCACAAGAAGGACCUGGACCGCAACAAUCCCCGAGACUACAUCGAUGCUUUCCUCAUCAAAAUGGAGAACCUCAAAGAACCUGACUUGGGUUUCACUGAGACCAACCUCGUUAUGUGCUCUGCUGAUCUUUUCUUGGCUGGAACAGAAACAACCGCCACCACUUUAAUGUGGGCUCUGACUUUCCUUAUCAGACAUCCUGAUGUCCAGGAGAAAGUCCAGGCAGAGAUAGACAGCGUGAUUGGACAGACCCGCCAACCAUCCAUGGCUGACAGACCAAAUCUGCCGUACACUGAUGCUGUCAUCCACGAGAUUCAGAGAGUGGGAAAUAUUGUUCCUCUCAAUGUACUCAGGAUUGCUGCUAAGGAUACAACCCUGGAUGGUUACUACAUACCCAAGGGUACCAGUGUGUUGCCCAUCCUCACGUCUGUGCUGUUUGACAAGACUGAAUGGGAGACUCCAGACACCUUUAACCCAGGACACUUCCUAGAUGCCAAUGGAAAGUUUGUGAAAAGAGAAGCUUUCCUACCUUUCUCUGCAGGAAAGCGUGUGUGUCUUGGUGAAAGCCUCGCCAAGAUGGAGAUGUUCCUGUUUUUUGUUGGCCUCCUGCAGAAGUUCACUUUCUCUGUUCCUGAUGGGGUGGAGCUGAGUACAGAGGGAAGUACUGGAACUAUACGUGUUCCUGAACCUUUUAAGGUUUAUGCCAAGGCUCGCUGAACUAUGCAACAUCUCACUGAGUCAUUUUCUAUUGUACCAAUGUAUAACGGACAACACUGAGCAAAAUUAUGUUCGUGAAGGCUGGAGUUUUUGAUUUUGAAGAGAAGGUUGUAAUUAUAAUAAAUGACCUGUUAAUUCUUCACCUACACAUUUGAUUCAGUGUGAUCAAGUUAUUUUCACUUAAUAAUAUUCUUUCAUUAAUGGCAUUAACCACAAACUAGACAGAAAUCCUAUGCAAUAUGUAUUUUAUAUCAAAUGAAGCAAUAAUGUUUUUUUUAUUUGU